AUGUUCCAGUUGGCAAACAGCUUCGACUUUGUUGCCUACGCUCUAGUUGCUGCCUCGGCGACACGACUCGCCACAAUAAGCAAGUCCGAAGAGGCUGCUCAGGAUGCAGAAAAGUAUUCUGCGAUGGCUAUCAAGGGGAUGCUUGCGGCGUUUCAAGCGCUAACAGAAGAGAAUGCUGAGGCGAUAUUGGGUGCAGCACUCAGCUGCUCCUUUACGGUGUCGAACUACGGAAUGCAGUUCGAGGGCAAGAACAACUGA